GGGUGCCGAGGACUUCCGGAAAUGCACGAAGCCCUCAAGGCUUGGCUGCGUGGGGAAGAAGGAGAGGCGAAGACGGCGACGGAGGAGGAGGAGGAAGAAGACGAGGCGGCGGCGGGAGGAAGGGAUGAAGCGCGGCGGCCGGGUCCGGAGCUGCUCCUGAGGGGCUUUGGCCGAGGCCGAGGGCGCCAUGGCGGCCAAUAUGUACCGGGUGGGCGAUUAUGUCUACUUUGAGAAUUCCUCUAGUAACCCCUACCUUGUCCGCCGUAUCGAGGAGCUUAACAAGACGGCCAAUGGCAAUGUGGAGGCCAAAGUGGUCUGCCUGUUUCGGCGUCGUGAUAUCUCCAGUAGCCUCAACAGCCUGGCUGAUAGCAAUGCUCGAGAAUUUGAAGAGGAGUCCAAACAGCCUUCAGUGUCAGAACAACAACGUCACCAGCUAAAGCACCGUGAGCUCUUCUUGUCACGCCAGUUCGAAUCUCUGCCUGCUACCCAUAUACGGGGGAAAUGCAGUGUGACGCUACUCAAUGAAACAGAUAUCCUUAGCCAGUACUUGGAUAAAGAGGAUUGUUUUUUCUACUCACUGGUUUUUGACCCAGUUCAGAAGACUCUCUUAGCUGACCAGGGUGAGAUUAGGGUAGGCUGCAAAUACCAGGCAGAGAUCCCUGAGCGACUGGCAGAAGGAGAAUCUGACAACCGAAACCAGCAGAAGAUGGAAAUGAAGGUGUGGGACCCUGACAACCCCCUCACUGACCGACAGAUUGACCAGUUCCUCGUGGUGGCUCGGGCGGUUGGUACCUUUGCACGGGCACUUGACUGCAGCAGCUCCAUCCGGCAGCCCAGCCUUCACAUGAGUGCAGCUGCAGCCUCCCGGGACAUUACACUGUUCCACGCAAUGGAUACGCUGCAGCGGAACGGCUAUGACCUGGCCAAGGCUAUGUCAACACUAGUGCCCCAGGGAGGACCUGUGCUGUGCAGGGAUGAGAUGGAGGAGUGGUCAGCUUCAGAAGCUAUGCUCUUUGAGGAGGCCUUGGAGAAAUACGGCAAAGACUUCAAUGACAUCCGACAGGACUUUCUCCCAUGGAAGUCACUGGCCAGCAUUGUGCAGUUCUACUAUAUGUGGAAAACUACAGAUCGAUACAUUCAGCAGAAAAGAUUGAAAGCAGCUGAAGCUGACAGCAAGCUGAAGCAAGUGUAUAUACCCACCUAUACAAAACCGAAUCCAAACCAAAUUGUCUCUGUGGGUUCCAAGCCUGGCAUGAAUGGAGCUGGCUUCCAGAAGGGACUGACCUGUGAGAGCUGCCAUACUACCCAGUCAGCACAGUGGUAUGCCUGGGGUCCACCCAACAUGCAGUGCCGCCUCUGUGCUUCUUGUUGGAUCUACUGGAAGAAAUAUGGUGGCCUGAAGACCCCAACACAACUUGAAGGAGCAGCACGCAGUGUCACGGAGCCACAUUCCAGGGGCCAUAUGUCUCGGCCAGAAGCCCAAAGCCUUUCGCCAUAUACGACUAGUGCCAACAGGGCAAAACUUCUGGCGAAGAACCGGCAAACUUUCCUGCUGCAGACCACCAAGUUAACUCGCAUUGCACGGCGGAUGUGCCGGGAUAUCCUCCAACCGCGUCGAGCUGCCCGGCGUCCUUAUGCUCCCAUCAACGCCAACGCCAUCAAGGCGGAGUGUUCUAUCCGGCUACCCAAGGCUGCAAAGACUCCUCUCAAGAUUCACCCUCUGGUGCGGCUUCCCCUGGCUACCAUUGUCAAGGAGCUAGCUGCUCAAGCCCCCUUGAAACCAAAAACCCCGCGAGGCACUAAAACGCCUAUCAAUAGAAACCAGUUGACCCAGAACCGAGGCUUGGCAGGAAUCGUGGGCAAGCGAGCAUACGAGAGUGUGGCAGGGGGCGGGCUCCCCUUCUCAGCCAACGGGCGGCCCAUGACUUCCGGAAUGAGGUCGAGCACUCAGCCUGCCAUGAAACGUCAGAAGCUGAACCCGGCCGACGCCCCCAACCCUGUCGUUUUUGUGGCUACCAAGGACACCAGAGCACUCCGCAAGGCUCUGAGCCACUUGGAGAUGCGCCGUGCUGCCCGCCGGCCCAACCUGCCACUCAAAGUGAAAUCGGUGCUGCCCCUCCGCCCUGUGGUAGCCCCCCUGGUGCCCGUGCCUCCAGUCCAUCCUGCCAGCACCAGCGAGCCCAUCAUCCUGGAAGACUGAGUGUUGUUGCUUCUCUGGCAUCCCCUCUAGGAUUCUUGUAGCCAUUUCAUCCAACACCCCUUUUUUGUGUCCAAGGCCUUUCUGGCAGAGGGGACUUCAGAGCUUCAAAUCGCCAAGCGUUUGCUGGGAUCAGGCCAGGCAGGCAGGGACAUCUCUUCUCAAUCCCCUCCCUUCUCCCGGGAUCCUAGACUCCCAACAUUCUUUUUAUAUAUAUUAUUUUUUAAUUUCCACCUUUUAACGUUGUUUUUCCCUCUCCUUCCCCCUCCCCAAAGACUUGCGCACAAAGCUGCCCCCCUUCCAGGGAAACACUAUAAAUGCAGGUUGUGCCCUCAUUUGGGGGAGAGGAUACUGUAGGUGUGGCACAGAAUAAGCGGAACACAGAAUCCCUUUCAAGGUUCUUCCCUUCAAUGCUGCCUCUACGGCUGUUUUUACUUUUUGUGUGUGUUUGUGUGUCUUCUUUCCUUUUUUGUGUGUCCCUUUUUUUAAAAAAAAAGUUUCCCUCUGGUCCUACGUACAUAUUCAGGGAAGGGAGCAACUCCGCUUCUCUGAGAACAUGGCUACCCCACGCCGUUGCUUUACCCAACCUUUGACAAGCCCAUUUUUGUACAUGGUUUAGAGAGGAAAAGUCAGGUUUUUUAAGUCAGCCUCUGGUUCUUAUAGCAACAAAAAUAAAUAAAUGCUGUUUUCUUCAUA